CAUCCACCCAGGGCUGUGGGCACUUCCGGUAUCUCUGGUGUCAGCUCUACAGGGGGAGAGAGGUACUGGCAGGAUGGGAGUUGCUGGUGACCUGUGACCCCUCGGGGGAGACCCAGCUGCGGGGCAGGAAGACUCAGAUUGUGGGAGGGGGGGGAGAUAAAGGUAACAGCCGCAGAGACUUGGGAAAGCAGGUGACCGAUCUGUGCAGGUGAAAUGACUGAAUACAAACUUGUAGUGGUCGGUGCUGGAGGCGUGGGGAAGAGUGCACUGACCAUCCAACUUAUCCAGAACCAUUUUGUGGAUGAAUACGACCCGACCAUUGAGGAUUCCUAUAGAAAGCAGGUGGUGAUUGAUGGUGAGACAUGUCUCCUGGAUAUUUUGGAUACUGCAGGUCAAGAAGAGUACAGUGCCAUGAGGGAUCAGUACAUGCGAACUGGAGAAGGAUUUCUAUGUGUCUUUGCUAUAAAUAAUACAAAGUCCUUUGAGGACGUUCACCAUUACAGGGAGCAGAUUAACAGAGUAAAAGAUUCUGAUGAUGUUCCGAUGGUAUUAGUUGGUAACAAAUGCGACCUUCCUUCAAGGACCGUGGACACCAAACAAGCACAUGAACUAGCAAAAAGCUAUGGGAUCCCAUUCAUAGAAACCUCUGCCAAAACUAGACAGGGAGUUGAAGAUGCUUUCUACACCCUCGUGCGUGAAAUUCGUAAACACAAAGAGAAGAUUAGCAACGGAAAAAAGAAAAAAUCCUCCAAGAGGAAAUGCGUCAUUCUUUAAACAAAGUACCAUGCCCAGGGCGUGCGUCACAUGCGCCUCUUUGCCAACAGAGCCUUCGUAUGAGCUGGAAGCAAGUGAAAUUUGUGGACUUUUGUAAUGCAGUGGAAUGAACGUAAUUGACAUGAAAACCAGUGCUCACCUCAUAUACUCCUAUUUUUUUCUAUAUAAUAUAUUAUUUUAAGCAAAUUCAUACGCCAGACUGUGAGGUGAAAGUACUAUUCAGAGAACUGAAGAUCAAACAAAAAGACUGUCUUAAACAUUUUAUUUUCCAAAGGAAAACUGAAGCAGUGCACCCUCUCUCAUAAUUUCAAACCAAUUUCCCAAGUGAUUCCUCCAUUACUGUGCUCGAAAAGAUGACUAAUGCGGAGGAAGCUCUUGCCACCAUUUUUCUCAAAUUGUGUAAAGAUUGAAAUUCUCAUCAGUAUUUUUUUUUUUUUCCUAAAAGCUCCUGUUUAAGGGUGUGUUGUUGAAUUCAUGGUUGUGCAACUUGUCUGGUAAUGGGGAAACAUACUAGUAAUAAAAAAAAGUUUAAAAAUUCUAUGUGAA